CGCCUUGUUGUCGUUUAUAUGAUGUGAUGUUGAUGUUUUUUGGCUCAGUUAGAAAGGGGUACGUUUAAUGGCAGAUUGGUGCAGACAACGUUUGAUUUCUCUCUUUAUCUCGGCGCAGUUUAUCUUUGAAACAGCUUGUUGAAAGAUGUCUGAAAGCUCCAGCGACACAGAAUCAUCAUGUGGAUGGACUGUUAUUAGUAAUGAGGGUUCAGAUAUAGAGACCCUGGGUGCUGAUAAUGUUGGCGAAUGUGAGGAGGGAGAGGUCACACGUGAUGCAGACAUACCUGUCGGUGAGCACUCGGAUCUGUCAUGUAAAACAGCCGAACGGGACGAGGAGAGUCUGGCAGAGUCUUCUCUGGAUCUCACGUUGAGAGAGGAGGAGGAGGCGGCGACUACGGAGGCGGAGCAUGUCCGUGAGGUGAAAGCAGAAGCGGGUGGAGACGAUCAUGUGACGCUUUGCUCCUCCAGUGAGAACUCUGACAUCAUAACCCUGGCGGAUGCACGGGAGGCGGAGAUCACAGUGUGGGCGGAGCCUGUUGCUAAGGAGAAGGAGGAAACAGGAAGCGAGGAGCUGGAUCUCGGAACGUCGUCGAGCAGCCAGUAUACGUUUAGAGAGACUGAAAAAAGUUGGUGGAGGAGUGGAUGGGGAUUUUCCAGGACGCUGUGGGGUUAUGGGAGUCAUCUGCACGACUCUCUCUCACUCUCUCUCUCAGUUUUCCCUGUGGACCAGGCCGUGCAGCGAGACGUCAGCAGCAGCAGUGAGGAUGAGGAGGAUGAGGAUGAGACGAAGAGCAGUCCUGUGAUGAGAAGACGCAGAGUCAGGAGGAGCACAACAGGCUCAGAGUCUGGAGACCCGCAGGAGACUCACAGGAGACGAGACGAGGAGAUUCAGGCGCAUGUGGACCUGCGUUCGGCCGCUCCCGGUCAGAUCAGCGGCACUCUGAACAAAUGUAUUCUGUUAGCGCUGCUCAUCGCCAUCAGCAUGGGCUUCGGACACUUCUGCGGCACGAUUCAGAUUCAGGAACGGAAGAUGAUUGUGGAGAAGAUUUGUUCGAGUGAGCUGGACGUGCCGUGUAAGAGAGAGAUGGACGUUGUCAAUAAGGAGGUGGUUGAGGAUCUAAGAGAAGACCUAGAGGAGAAGCAGGACAUGGUGCUGAGUCUCACAAACACGAUGGCAAAAAUCACUAAAGAAAACCAACAUCUUCGAGCCAAACAAGAAGAGCUGCAGGCCCAGCGACAAGAUCUGUAUGAGAAACUGGCCCAAGCCAAGCGUGAGAUGGAAUCCCGACAGAAAGACCUGACGGCAGAAAACCAGAAGCUGAAAAUCCGUCUGGAGCGAGAGGAGGCGUCAUUCUCGGCCCUGCAGGAGGAACUGAGGGACCUGCGCACACAGGUGAGAGAACUGGAGGAGAGAGGAGCGGGAACAGACUCUAUCCUGACAGAAAACCAAAGGCUGAAGGGUCACCUGCAGGAGGAGAGACAGAAGCUGAAGAGCUUCGUGAACCAGAGAGAGGCGCUGAUGGCUGAAGCUCAGACGCUGCGGAAAGAACUCGACGAAGAACGAAAGGUAACGGACAAACUGAAAGAGGAACUUGAGGAAUUAAGUCAGAACGAUGACGUGGAUGAGAACCAGAUGGAUGCGGAGACAGAAAAACUGCAGACUCGACUCUUGGAGCUGGAGAACAAGCUGAAGUUCGAGCAGCAGCGCUCGGAUCUUUGGGAGAGACUUUACGUGGAGUCGAAGGAGGAGCGUGCCAAAGGUGACAGAGACGUGAAGACUAAGAUCCCGAAGGAAGGGGUGAUGGGAAAGGUGAAGGGAACCUUCGAUGCCAUCAAGAAUUCCACCAAAGAGUUUGUGCAUCAUCACAAAGAACAGAUCAAGAAAGCCAAAGAGGCGGUGAAGGAAAACCUCAGGAAGUUUUCCGACUCUGUGCAGUCUACGUUCAGACACUUUAAAGACUCCGCCUCCGGCGUGUUUAACCACGAGAAGAGAUUUCAAGAGCGAAAAGACGCCAAACCCGAGCGUCAAACCUUUCAGCAAGAGCAGGGCAACAAACGUGCAGAAGACGUCCACUCGCAACCUCAGAAACCUUUACACCGACACCCUCGCAAAUCCACCGACGACUCGUUUCACACCGACCGCAACACACGCAAACCCGGCACUCAGAAAGCUCCGCCCAAAGGCUGUUCGGGGGUAUUCGAUUGUGCUUAUCAGGAGUCCAUGAGUCUGUUUAAUAAGGCGAUGGAUCCCAUCCGAGCGGAUGAGUUUAAUGAACUUCUGCGGAGUUACCUGCAGAAAGAGGUGAGCCAUUUCCAUCACUGGAGAGAACUGGAGAGCUUCAUCCAGAAUUUCUUCCACGACGGAGUCUUCAUUCAUGACCGGAUGCUGUUCACGGACUUCGUCAGCGGAGUUGAGGAUUAUCUUGAGGAAAUGGAUGAAUAUCACGACGAUGACGUGUUUGAAGAUCUGGACGAUUAUAUCUACAGGCACAUUUUUGGAGAUACUUACUUAAAAUACUUUGGACCGAGUCGACCCUUAGAAAGGCCGGGGUCAAAGGGCAAGGCAUGGCGUCACGGCCAACGGCAACAGAGGAAGCAGCAGCAGACGCGACCUCGUCCACAGAGAGCAAAGAGAUGGAUGCAGUCGGGUCGUGAUUCCAGUCGACACUUUGCAGAUGUUAAAAUCGAGCUGGGGCCAAUGCCCUUCGAUCCCAAAUAUUAGAGAACUCCUCACGCUCACUCUUAAUGAUGCUACACGUUUUGGCUAAUUGUCUUAGAGAAGCUACUUUAGGUUCACUUUUCUCAGAUUUUGGUGCACAACGUAAACGUUCUGACGCUGGAUGAAUGAUGUUUUAGUGUAUGUGCUUCUUUUUCUGUGUUUUUGAGUCUGAGCAUCCAAAAUGCACUUUAGAUUGAAUUAUUGUUUUAGACAAUUUAGGCAUUCAGACUAAGUUAUGAAGAAAACGUGGGACAAAUUACUUUUACAUUUAGAUCAUAAACCACAAACCAGUUGGAAUUUUAACCAAAGCUGCUUUUUCUAAAGAAAUACGUUCAACCAAUAAGAUAACAAAACAGAAAGGACACACGAUCAUUAACGUAAGUUAUACCGUUUUUAUAGGGCCAAAUACCAAGUUCAAUUCAAUUGAAAAGAUUUUGAUUUUAAAUUGAUAAAUUCUAUUGAAUUCAUCUCACAGGAUUUGGGAUAAUAAUUACAUAUAAUGCAAUAGCAAAAACAUGUUAAAAAUGCUGCUUGUUGAAGAGAUAACAGGGCUUUUGAGUGGUCUGUUCUAUUGGCUGCUACUGUAUGUGUUUUAUUUGGAAAUGCACAUUAGAAGAGGAAAUACAGUUUGUUUAAAAUGUUUGUUGUUCUCAGAUUUUUUUCCUGUUUUGUCAUUGGCUGAGUAACAUUCCUGUAAGCGUGUGUUUGGAAACGGCUAUAAGACGCAAAUGUCAUUUAACCUAAAUGCACGUCACCUUUUAAACGUGCACUUAAUUUCCAGAAUAAAUCUCUUGCAUUGCUUCAUAAAACACUGUCCUCUUUGAAUCUACACUGGAAAGUGUUUGUGUGCUGUUCUCAAAUAAAGUAGACGUGUGAAAC